UUUCAAUUCUCUCUGCACAAACGACAAUGGAACAGAAAUCAUCACCCAGUCCGCCAGAGACCUGCCACCAUCCAUGGCACAAGCAGGUGCUCUAAUUUACAACAGCCUUCUAUACCUUUCUCAAGCACCAUUCUAUGACUCCCUGUCCUUGCCUACACACUUGACAUUCGAUGGCCUCCUCAGAGCACUUGUCUGGACCGACUCCGAGCGCUCCAGACCUGUCUACGAAGAAAGCAUUGAUACUCAAACCAGAGCACCAGCUGAUACCCGUCGCCUCAUCUUCCAAAGUCUCGCGACAACUUUUGACGGCAAGAAAUUGCCCUUUGAUGCGGAAUUCGCGAGGGUGCAGGGCGUUUGAUUACACUAGCGUAUUGAAUGGGGACAGUUGGAAGGUAUAUGCCAGGACGAAUUAUGACAAGGAUGGUGAUGAGAUAUUCCAUGAUUUGCUUGAUGUGUUAUAUGUCGUUUCUCAAUACCCACAGGUAGGGCGGGGUGGCGUUCCGCGAGAUGGGUUCCGGGAGUUUGCUAAGGAAUUUCGUUGAGAGCAGCCGGAGCAUCUUCACAAUUUGAGUAUCCCGCAGGAUGAAUUUCAGGCUUUGGUGAAGAUGCUUUUGAUUACACAGUUUGGGAAACCGGUUGCUCAGAUCGAGCAAGAUGCCAAUCUGGAUCG